AGACCAGUUAUUUUCCAUUUUCCCUUUAUUUUUCGGAGCCAUUUUUUCAGGGAAGAGAGAUCCUUCUUCUCUAACUGGAUUUCUAAGGAUCUCUGCAAAGGUUGCCACACAGAUAGCAUCAUGGCUGGCGUUGGAGGUACUCAACAGAGCUUGAGAAGAUAUCUAGGAGCUCUAAAGGACUCAACAACUGUUGGAUUGGCAAUGGUUAACAGUGACUACAAGGAUCUAGAUGUUGCGAUUGUCAAGGCGACAAACCAUGUGGAGCAAUUGGCGAAGGAAAAACACAUCCAAAUUAUAUUUUCUGCAACUUCAGUUGCGAGACCUCGGGCUGAUGUGGCAUAUUGCAUACAUGCUCUUGCCAGGCGUCUUGUGAAGACACACAACUGGGCGGUUGCGCUGAAAACACUGAUUGUCAUACAUCGUGCUUUGAGGGAGGUUGAUCCUACUUUCCGGGAAGAGCUAAUCAAUUAUGGUAGGAGCAGAGGACAUAUGCUGAACUUGUCACACUUCAAGGAUGACUCAAGUCCAAAUGCAUGGGAUUAUUCUGCUUGGGUGCGUAUGUAUGCCCUGUAUCUUGAGGAGCGGCUGGAAUGUUUCCGUGUACUGAAGUAUGAUGUUGAGACGGAGCGCUCAAGAACCAGGGAAUUGGACACACCAGACUUGCUUGAGCAGUUGCCAGCUUUGCAACAACUUCUCCACCGACUUCUUGCUUGCCAGCCAGAGGGAGCAGCUGUGUAUAACUAUGUGAUCCAAUAUGCACUUUCAAUGGUUGCAGGAGAAAGCAUUAAACUCUAUAAUGCCAUCAAUGAUGGAACUCUCAAUUUGGUUGACAAGUUCUUUGAGAUGCAACGGCAUGAUGCUCUUAGGGCUCUUGAGAUUUACCGAAAGGCAGGAAUCCAGGCAGAGAGAUUAUCUGAGCUUUAUGAAGUUUGUAAGGGCCUUGAUCUUGGGAGGGGGCAGAAGUUCUCCAAAAUCGAACAGCCCCCUGCAUCAUUUAUCACUGCCAUGGAAGAGUAUGUGAAGGAGGCUCCGCGAAUGUCAUCAGUUAACCAUGACAUGGCUAAUGGUGCUCCCAAGGUGGUCCUGGCAAUCGAGUACAAAAAAACAGUUGAAGAGAAACCAGAGCCACCUCCACAAGAGAAACCGGAGCUCCCUCCAGUUCCACCUGAACCAGUCAAAACCAAGGCUCCAGUACCAGAGCCAGUUGGUGAUCUUUUGGGCUUGGAUGAAAUUAGCCAAAGUGCGUCAGAAUUAGAUGAGAAAAAUGCUAUGGCACUAGCCAUUGUCCCAGUUGAUACUCCGUCAACUACUGCCAGUGGUUUGGAUCUUUCGAGUGGCACAACUGGCUGGGAGCUGGCGCUGGUGACUGCGCCAAGUUCUAAUGAAAGUGCUGCAGCAGAGAGCAAACUGGCUGGGGGGCUCGACAAGCUCACACUUGACGGCUUGUAUGAUGAUGCAAUCUCACGGCAAGCAAACCCGAACGGAAGCUACCACAUGGGGCAGGUGGUCCCUAACCACUUCGAGUCUUCCCAAAUGAUGCAUGAUCCCUUCUUUGCUUCCAAUACUGUCCCCCCCCCUGCAGCUGUUCAAAUGGCCGCCAUGGCUCAGCAUCAACAAGCUUUCAUGGCUCAGCAACAGCAACAGAUGAUGAUGAUGGGGCAACAACCUCCAAACCCCUUUGGAAACCCCUAUGGAGCUAUGGGUAUGCACCCCUAUCAACCCCAUAAUCCUUAUAGUGGAUAUAGUUAAAGGGAGGAGAGAGAUAGUAGAGAAGGAAAAUGGAUGAGUUGAUUGCAGUUCAGGUGCUAUACCACUGUAGAUAUAGUCGGGGUGUUCGGAGAGACGGAGAAUGUGUGUCUGGGCCUUUGGUGACUUCAAGUGCUUAGAGAGGUUUGAGGGUCCUGAUGCUGUGAGUUGUUGUAGAAAUGUGUAUCAUAUGUGAUUGUUGUCACUGUAGUUGCAUUGGUUUGUUGAGGGGUUGAUGUCGGAGUGAGGAGGAAAUCAUGGGUAGGUGUUUGUUAUAUUUUCUUUGUUUUUUUGUUCUUUUCAAUUGGUUUUGUUCUACCCAAUUGAAGAUUGUUUGAUUGAAAAGAGAGAUGAUUAGUGAGAUGGAAACCGCAUAAUUUUGAGUUGUACGAGGCAUGUGGAGUUCACCAAUGGGCAUCUGUUUUUUCUUUCU